AACAAGGAAUGACAUCAAGCUAAUCUUUGGAAUAGCUUGUGGGAACAAACAAAUAGGAGAUUUGAACAAGAAGAAAAGUGAUGUUGCAUUUGCAAAAAGAAGGGGGGAUCCAGGAGGCAAGGAUUGGUAGUAAAAAGAUGAAAGACAUGAUCAAUGAAAUACUUUCAAAAAAAGAGGAAUCCAUAACUGAAGAAGACAUCCAAGAUGUAGUCCGCCUUGUAUGCAUGUUCAUUUGCCUGACGCUGUUCUUCUCCACAUCAGGAGUCACCAUUGCAUGGACAUAUGUGCAUUGCAUGGAGAAAAUAGAAGAAAUAAAAGACUACGACUGGGCACAAUCCAUUGCAGAAACAUUGAAUACAUCAAUGCACAAGUUCCAUGACAAACCAAGAGAUGCAACAGGAUGUGUGGUGGCAUUGAUGUACUGGAUUUGUGAACACACGGAUUUGAUUGCACGACCAUAAAAUGAAGCAAUUCCAAGACUACUAAACUGGAACACCUCAGACCUGAAAAAAAGAAUUGAUGAUUUUAAAGAUUUGAGCAAUCUCAA